GCCGGGGCGGAAGCGACGGGGACGUAUCGUGCGCGGGGCCGGGAACUUCAGCUCAGGAGGAAGAUGAAAGAUAGCGUCCCUGAAGAACAUUUGUAUUUGGGUUUUUCUCAUCAGUGUCAAGAUAGUAUCUUUCCUCUUCAUACGUCUAUUUCACUCUUCUUGCUAUCCUACUGUGACUGCAAAUCGUUCAAAAUUUUCUUAGUGCCGACUAAUGAAAAUGCAAAUGAUCAGUUUGUGACAAAAAACCUCCUUGGAGAUCUUGAGGUCCAUUUAAUCCCCAAAUGUCAGCUUCCUACGGUCGUGCAGAGCUGCUGUUUUCCUGCUGUUGUCACGAAAGACGGCAAGUUCUGUCGAGCUGGGCUUUCUGUUGUCCUAAGACAUAUAAUACAGAAAACAUUCGAGGCAGAUCCAUCCAAAAAGAACGUUUUGGAACUCCUAGGCUUUAAGAAAACCUGCUUAAAAGCCUGUGCAGAAGUUAGCCAGUGGACCAGACUCUGUGAGAUCAGCAUACCUCUGGCUGUUGAAGGAUUUUUGACGGCAUCUCCUGAGCACAGUCAGACUAUUCCUGCUGACAUUUUACAGCUCGAAAGAAAACUUGCAGAGCCUGUCCGGGUGCAUAACGAUGACAAAAUUCGAAGGCAAAAGCUUCAACAACAGAAGGCAGGUGCUAAGGCUGCAGUGUCUCUGCUUGAGAAAGAAGCAACAGAAGAAGGGAAAACAGUGGAGGUGCAUGAACAUCCACUUCCAAGUUUGGAACUGAGUGUAGCUUUCUCUAAGCUACAUGUCCAAGAGGUGUCACGUGCAGUCAACAGAGAAGCCCCUCUCAUCAGGAGAACAAAAACAUCUGACCUUCCACCUUUAGACCACGUUUUUGCAGAGGGGCUUUAUUUUACCUUGGCAGAUAUUGUGCUUUUACCAUGCAUCCAUCAGUUCCUGGAUUACAGCAAAAAGCAAGACAAAGAUCUGGUAAAGUUACCUCUGAUCUCCAGCUGGUAUCGAAGAGUUCAGCAAGUCCCUGGAGUGAAGAGAGCAGCUGAUAAAUGCAACAUACAGCUUCUCCAGCUUCCAGAGUUGAUACCUGCUUCAGAGGAUCACCUAGAAGACUUCUUUCCAGUUCCUGAUAACUGUGAAAAAGAGCAUGAAAACAGUCAAUUUAUAGGUGGUCCAAGGCCAACUAUGACUAAAUUAAUGGAGAGGGGUAUUGAAGCAAAGUUUUCUCCUCAUCCAUGCCCUGACUGGACCAUAGACUGGCCCAGCCUGCCAGCAGCAGUCAAUCCUGGAGAAGGAAAGAUGUCUAGAGAUCGAGCUCUGAGGAAACAGCAGCAGUUGAAUAACUUGGUAGCAGCAGUGACAAAGCUUGCUAAGCCUGGAGAUGUGAUUGUGGAUUUCUGCAGUGGAGGGGGUCAUGUUGGAAUUGUUCUUGCUCACAUGAUGCCAUCAUGUCAGGUGGUGCUCAUAGAAAAUAAGGAGUUGUCUCUGAUGCGUGCUAAAGACAGAAGUGAUGAACUAGGUUUAAACAACAUUUCAUUUAUUCAAGCAAACCUGGACUAUUUUAAUGGCACUUUUAACAUUGGGGUGGCUCUACAUGCAUGUGGUGUGGCAACAGACAUGGUGAUUGAACAUUGCAUCAAGGCCCGAGCAGCCUUUGUCAUCUCCCCUUGUUGUUAUGGCUUCAUUCAGAACACUGUGAAGUUUAAAUAUCCAAGAAGUCAUCAGUUCAGGGAAAUUUUAUCCUACAAGGAGCACAUGAUCCUUUGUAGGUUUGCAGAUCAGACAGCUGUUCAUCUUCCACCUGAUCGGAAGCUGAUAGGAAAGCAGUGUAUGGGGCUUGUGGAUCUUGAUCGAGCAUGGGCUGCAGAAAGAUGUAACUACUCUGUCCAAGUUACAUCGAUGGAGCCAGAGAGCUGUUCUCCAAAGAACAAUAUGUUUGUGGGCACCCCAGUUUAGAGAAUGAAAUUUGACGUUGAUCAUAAAUCUUCAAUGCAUGAAAACAUACAGCAAAUACAAGCAUACUUGGAAACCAGACAUCAUGCAUCUUGAACCCAUCGUGUUUGGAAAAGGAAGCAGCAUGAGAAGUUUUAGAAAGUGAACUGCAUGCAGAGCAUUGCAGAUUGUAAUGUGUCAUUAAGCAACUUUAGGUUCUCAUAGUGAGAAGCUUCUCUAACAAUGGUCCAUAGAAUUGCAUCCAUCUGCAGAAGCUUAGAAAAAAGGGGAAGAAGGCUUAGAAGGGAAGGUCAUUUCCUUUUCAGUAAAGCUGUCUUGGCUGCUUCAAAAGUGCAUUCAUGUUCAAAACUUCAUUUGUGCUCAUGGGCAGAGCAGUUAUCAGCCGGUAAUGCAGUUCACUAGAGGGAACAGAUUUACGGUGUAGUGAUGGAAACUGUUGCAACAGUGACGAAACAGUGAUCAGAUGAAACUGAUGCAACAGCUGUUGGCUAGAUUUUGCUAAAGAAUGCCAUACUAUUUCAUCAAGAUUCUUAAUACAAAUUCUUCAGAAUGCUUUCAGCAUCACUCUGCAUAUAAUUUGUAUUUCAACUUAAUGCUUUUAAAAAUGAUGUGAAAUUUUUACCUUUAGAUAUUGCACAAGAAUUCUGUACCCAGUCAUUGGAAAGUGGGGGG